AUGAUUUGCUUGGAUCUUAUCUUUUGGGGGAAUAGAGAUGGAGAUCGCCAGACCCAGACAGAUGCGACAACAACUGAUAACGCCUCACGUCCCGAUCAGUCGACUGCCGAAAACCAGAUGCACGAGAGAAAUAGAGAUGGAGACCACCAAAUCCAAACAGAUGCGACAACGACUGAUAACGCCUCACAUCCCGGUCAGUCGACUGCCGAAAACCAGAUGCACGAGAGAAAUAGAGAUGGAGAUCACCAAACCCAAACAGAUGCGACAACAACUGAUAACGCCUCACAGACCGAUCAGUCGACUACAGAGCAGCAGAUAUGCGAGAAACUACGAACAGAGCUUCAAGAAGCAAGGAUCGAAUAUCCGCCAGAGUCGCACCAUUUCUUUGUCCCUGAUAGCGCCAAGGAUUCCAUCAUCACUGCAGAGGUUAUCGCUAGCGAGAUACUUGCGGCGGAGCCCUCUUUGGGAUGCGAUAAUGCAAAAAAGCAAGCAAAUCAGCGUAAAGGUGGAGAAGAAAUCAAAGCCUUGGAUGAUUGGAAGCCCGCUGACCUAGAAUCAUUGGGCCGAAAGCAGUGGCACAUGCUUUCUCCUAUCUUCAACGACGAGAUGGAGCACUACAAUCUUCAUCAAAACACUAUUCUUCCUUUCGUCACCAUUGAGGAGGAUACUGCAGAGAGCAUCAUCAAAAGCGGGGGUGGAUACAGCGACGUUUUUGUCACUCAUAUCCAUACCUCGCACCACAGGUUUUAUAAGGACUCGGAGCCAGAAGAUGAAGGUGACAGGAUCGCAAUCAAACGACUACACAAUCACGAUGAGGCGGAAUUUCAAAAAGAAAGAAGCAUUCACGUAAUAUUGGGGAGAAAAAGGAUCACAAGCCCACACCUCGUCAAACUCCUGGCAACGUACGAGUACAAGGACAAAUACCACUUCAUCUUUCCAAGAGCAAACUGCAACUUACGCAAAUACUGGGCCAAAACCCCGGCGCCUCCCUUCACCGCGAAGACCCUUCUUUGGUCGAUAAAGCAAAUGGUGGGCAUUGCAACAGCUCUGAACAUCAUUCACAAUUUCCGUACGACUGUACCCUUGGAUGGCAAGCGGGGCUUCACCCCCACUGGCGAUGUGAAAUUCAGUGUGGAAGAAGGCGAACAGCUGUACGGGCGACACGGCGAUAUCAAGCCGGAAAACAUUCUGUGGUUCGAGCGCUUACCCCAGCACCAGCGCCAGGACCAGAAUGGAAACAACUUCAUCGACGAUGAUGAAGGAGGUAUCCUUCAGAUCACCGAUUUCGGUCUGGGCCGGUUCCAUGGACGUGAUUCGAAGACGGAGCAGCAGCCGAACGGUGUCUUCGGCUCGCCGACGUACGAGCCACCCGAAUGCAAGCUACGCCGACCAGUCUCGCGCCUGUACGAUCUCUGGAGUCUCGGGUGCCUCUACCUUGAGUUCGCAACCUGGCUCCUCAAGGGUGAUGAUGCCAUAAACGAGUUCUCCGACCACCGAGCAUGUCAAUCAAGCAUAGACCCUCGGUUGAGCGAUGACUACUUCUUCAAGGUGGUUAGGGAUGAGCCCGUGAUGGAUGCUGUUGUUCGUGAUGGUGUGAAAGAUUGGGCACAGAGCCUUCAUGCAGAUGAGAAAUGCUCCGAGUUCAUCCAUGACCUUGUGGACCUUGUCAUGAAAGACCUCCUACUUAUCGACGCCAAAGACCGGAUCAAAACGCCUGCGCUCUCCGUGUCCAAGGCCAGUGGAAUCCAAUACGCCUACCGAACCCAAACCUUUCAAUGA